CGGCGAUACUACGCCUCGAUCCUCCUCCCUCGGAGCCUUCAGUGCCCACACCAUCCCCCUCUAUCACUGUCACCUUGCCUCGGUAGUUCGCUCACUUCAUUCGACAGGACGACGUCACCUUCUUUAUGGUGGACGUGACGGAUCUCUUACACUAUGAUCCACCCUGUCCUGACGCCGAGCUCAUCCCUCUGGAGCCAGAUCCUCCCUCUAUCUCCAUGGCUCCCAUCUCUACUUCCGUCCCUCCGCCGUCCGUCGAGUCCACCCCGCCGUCGGGCGCUAACGCUGACGCUGAGGAACUCGCACGAUAUACGGCUGACCUGGAGCCCGCAGUUCGUGACCUCAUCCGAGAGUACCACGACGUUUUCCCAUCGUCGUUCUCGUACGCCGGCAUCCCACCGAUGCGUGACGUCGAGCACUCCAUUCAACUUGUGCCUGACUAUCGUGUUCACCACCAGACACCCUACAGACUCUCGAUUCCCGAGGCCACCGAACUCAAGCGUCAGCUUGAGGAACUCCUGAGACUGGGUUUCAUUAAACCUAGCAACUCCCCGUGGGGUGCACCCGUCCUCUUUGCUCGCAAAGCGGAUCGAACUCUCCGUCUCUGCAUCGGCUAUCGCGGUCUCAACCGCUACACGGUUAAGAACAGCUACCCCAUGCCUCGUUCCGAUGAGCUGUUCGACUGCCUAGCAGGCAACCGCUUCUUUACGAAGAUUGAUCUUCGUAGUGGUUACCAUCAGAUCCGCGUCGCUGCAGCCGACCAGCCGAAGACAGCGUUCCGAUCGCGCUUCGGCCACUACGAGUUUACGGUGAUGCCAUUCGGCCUCACCAAUGCACCCACCACCUUCCAGAGGGCGAUGAACGACAUCUUCAGGGACAUCCUGGAGCAGUACGUUCUCGUCUACCUCGACGAUAUCCUGGUCUACAGUCGUACCCUUGAGGAGCACCUCAGACACCUCCGCGACGUCCUUGACCGCUUGCGCAGACAUGGCUUCUACGCCAAGUUGAGCAAGUGCCGCUUUGCCCAACACAAAGUGAAUUUCUUAGGACACUACGUGUCUGACCAGGGUCUCCACAUGGAUGACGCAAAGAUCACUGCUAUUGCGGAGUGGCCCGCCCCCACAUCCGCCAAGCAGCUUCGCAGCUUCCUAGGCCUGACCAGCUACUAUAGUAACUUCAUCCGGGGAUACGCUAGGUAUUCAUACGUCCUUACCUCCACCCUCCUCCGGAAGAACCCACCUUGGGCUUGGGCACCUCUCCACGAGGACGCCUUCCGCGCCCUCAAGAAGGCUGUGACAUGCGCACCGGUUCUUCACCUACCCGAUUUUGACCGCCCUUUUAUCCUUACGACCGAUGCGUUAGACUUCGCUGUGGGAGCAGUGCUUUCUCAGUGUCACGAGGACGGUUGGCAUCCGGUUGAGUACUUCUCCCAGAAGGUGCCUCUCGUCAACACUCUUGAUGACGUUAGGAAGAAAGAGCUACUCGCGUUCGUCACCGUCCUCAAAUGGUGGCGUCACUUUCUUCUCGGCCGUCGGCGUUUUAAAUGGAAUACGGAUAACAAUCCGUUGACAUUUUACAAAACGCAGGACACGGUCACAAAUACGAUCGUUCGAUGGAUGUAUUACAUCGACCAGUUCGAUUUUGACCCGUGUCACAUUCCCGGUCCCGCCAAUCGAGCGGCGGACGCCCUCUCACGACGGCCAAACUUUUGCGCCAUUGUGACCACGGCAUUCGACCUCGAUAACGAUCUGUAGCAGCAUUUCGUCAAAGGCUACAAGUCCGAUCCGACGUACUCUACGCUUUAUGCGGAGCUUU